CUCCCAGUUCGGACUGAGCGCUCAUCGUCGCCCCCCAGCCGGUACCGGGAGGCUCCGCCAUCCGAUCCCAGCAGCUCCGCCUCCAUCUCCUGGGAUCCGCGCCCGGAGCCAGAUCAGGCCUCUGACUGGCCCCCAGACCCCUGCGCGGACUUGUCCACGGCGACCGCGAUCUGCUGGGCUCUUCAAAGAGUCUGCCGGUGCUCGCCACCGUCACCUGCUGGUUGGAUUCCGGAAACCCACUGUCUGGAGACCGCAGAAAAUACUCGCUGACCACCCAGAAUCGGAUACGUCCGGACGGAAGGAUCCCUUCCUCACUCUGGCUGGCCUCUGCUCUUUUCACCUCUUCUCUUGGGGAUUUCUGUGCCCUGAAGCCAGCCCCCAAUCUACCACUGAAGUAGCUGGGGUGAGCCCCAAACCUUACUACCUUGUGCUCCAACCUGUGCCUCCACCCCAGCGAGUCUGAAAGCUACCACCCAAUUCUGCACAUCCCCAGGAAGUUCUGCUUUUUCUUCUCUUUCGGUGUCUUCUGUACUUCCCAAAAUUUCCCCUCCUCCUGAGCCCUCUUCUCCCCCCUCCUUUGGGGGCCCCGUGACCCUGAAUGUGGGGGGCACACUAUAUUCUACCACUUUGGAGACCCUGACCCGCUUCCCAGACUCCAUGCUGGGAGCCAUGUUUAGGGCUGGCACGCCCAUGUCCCCCAACCUCAAUCCCCAAGGAGGUGGCCACUACUUCAUCGACCGGGAUGGCAAGGCCUUCCGGCACAUCCUCAAUUUCUUGCGGCUGGGCCGCCUGGACCUACCCCGUGGCUAUGGAGAGACAGCACUUCUCAGGGCAGAGGCUGACUUCUACCAGAUCCAGCCCCUCCUGGACGCUCUGCGGGAACUGGAGGCCUCUCGGGGGACCACUGCACCCACAGCUGCCCUGCUCCACGCAGAUGUAGAUGUCAGCCCUCGCCUGGUGCACUUCUCUGCUCGCCAGGGCCCACACCACUAUGAGCUGAGCUCAGUCCCCGUGGACACCUUCCGAGCCAACCUCUUCUGCACUGACCCAGAGUGUCUGGGUGCUCUGCGAGCCCGAUUUGGUGUGGCCAGUGCGGACAGGGCAGAAGGAGGCCCACAUUUUCGCCUGGAGUGGGCCCCCCGUCCCGCAGAACUCCCAGAAGUGGAAUAUGGGAGACUGGGGCUGCAGCCGUUAUGGACUGGGGGGCCAGGAGAGCCACGGGAGGUGGUAGGCACGCCGAGCUUCCUGGAAGAGGUGCUGCGGGUGGCUCUGGAGCAUGGCUUCCGUCUAGACUCUGUCUUCCCUGACCCUGAAGACCUGCUCAACUCCCGAUCCCUGCGCUUUGUCCGGCACUGAGGAUGUUAUCCUCAGUUUGAUUGUGGGGAGGAAAGGGGAUGGGGCAGCUAACAGGGGAAAGCUCCUCUGAAGCCUCUUUCCAGCUCUGCCUGAAGAGCUAUGAGAGUCAGGGGUUCCACUGCACCUGACUGGAGCCUGGACGUGGGCAGGAAUUCCCCAGCCCAGAGCCC